CAUAGAACCGGAGAAAGCUAUUCUUCUGCUGCAUUUGCACAGAAUCUCUUGCUUUUCUGUUCUUUCCUUAUGAAAACCCUAUUUCUGUUUGAUAUCUAGCACUGUUUCUGUCCGAGACCUUUCGUCAGAAACUCUGAUCCCAUAAUUCGGUUCUCCGGUCGCAAUGGACUCCGACGAAGAUGAGAGGAUUCCUUUCAGCCAGAGAGCGGAAUGGUCGGAUGUGAAGCCAGUCUCGCAGGACGACGGUCCGAACCCGGUCGUGCCCAUAGCGUACACUGACGACUUUAGGGAAACCAUGGACUACUUUCGAGCCGUCUAUCAAUCUGACGAGAGGACCCAUCGGUCGCUAGCUCUCACUGAGGAAGCCAUCGACAUGAACGCAGGGAAUUACACGGUCUGGCAUUUCAGGCGUCUCAUACUUGAAACACUUAAUGCUGACUUACAUAAUGAAUUGGAUUUCAUUGAACGCAUUGCCAAGAGUAACUCCAAAAAUUAUCAGAUAUGGCAUCAUAGGCGCUGGGUUGCAGAGAAAUUGGGAACUAAAGCUACAGAGUUGGAACUUGAUUUCACCAGGAAGGUCCUUUCACUUGAUGCUAAACACUAUCAUGCCUGGUCUCAUAGGCAGUGGUCUCUUCAGGUGUUAGGUGGAUGGGAAGAAGAACUUGACUACUGUGGGAAGCUCAUUGAAGAAGAUAUUUUUAACAAUUCUGCUUGGAAUCAGAGAUAUUUUGUAAUAACAAGGUCUCCACUAUUGGGAGGUCUACAAGCCAUGAGAGAGUCUGAAGUACGCUACACUGUUGAAGCCAUUCUAGCCAACCCCGACAAUGAGAGUCCAUGGAGAUACCUUCGAGGUUUAUAUAAAGGUGACACUUCAUUAUUGUUAAGUGACCCCCAGGUGGUUUCAGUAUGCCUGAAGGUUUUGAGUACCAGUAUGAACUGUGUAUUUGCUUUGAGCUUGCUUUUGGACCUUCUCUGCCUUGGUUUCCAACCAGAUCAGGAAUUCAAAAGCGUGGUUGAGUCUCUAAGAACUUCAGACUCAGCUACACCAGAUUCAAACUUGGCAAAGACUGUUUGUUCUGUCUUGGAAAGGGUAGAUUCUUUGCGGUCAAACUAUUGGGCAUGGCGUAAGAACAAUCUUCCUUCUCCGGCUGUCCAAAGUUGAAGAAAAUUUGCUAUUCUCAUAAGAUUUGUAUGAUCUCCUUUUGGUCAUCAUUCAUGUUUUAAUAUUUGCUUCUCAAAUAUUAGGAAUCAGGGGGGAUGGAUACUGCAUGAAGUGUUCUUGUCUUAUUUUUAGAUGGAUUUGUCCGUAUUGAUCCAUUCAAUUGAGAGGAUCUAGAUCAAGGACUUGUAUUGUAAUGCCUUGAAUUGGUGUACUGUGGACAAUACCUGAUUAAACUUACUGAUAAUGAUGGGUGGAACUCCAACCACCUGCUUGUAAUGCCAUGGUUUUCAUGCCUAAAUGAUUGCCGGAUUGAUGUUGUAA